AUGCAGGAUCCAACCGUCAUGCAGUAUUGGUGCCUGCAGCCCUGCCCAGGUCACCUCCGGAAAAAUCCGUGUCCGCGUGUCUGCGCAGGGAAGCUGCCAUUUAAGAUUUGCGCGUGCAGUUGGGAUUUAUUACAAGCUCGCCUUCUCUGCGGGCAGCAGCGUUACUGCGUUGGGCCGGGCAGGACGCGUCCGAUCGUCUAUGCAGAGCAGCCUCUGACUGACAACAACAGAUCUUUGGCCUCCUAUGGCUUGAAAGAUGGGGACGUGGUGAUUUUGCGACAGAAAGAGACCAUAGAGCCACGGCCCUCCAUCCGUUUCCCAGGUCUGCCGAGGAUAGACUUCAGCAGCAUCGCGGUUCCUGGGACAUCCACUCAGCAGCAUCAGCCACCAGCACAACGUCUUCGCCCGUCGCCUCCUGAUGCACCUUCGUUCCCUCAGGGUUUGGACAAUCCGGCACUGCUACGGGAGAUGUUGCUUGCGAAUCCUCACGAGCUGUCCCUGCUGAAGGAGCGCAAUCCGCCCUUGGCGGAGGCGUUGCUCAGUGGAGACCGUGAGAAGUUCACCAGGGUAUUGCUGGAGCAACAGCAGGACCGAGCCCGGCGGGAGCAAGAGAGGAUCCGACUCUAUUCAGCUGACCCUUUUGAUCUUGAGGCACAGGCCAAGAUAGAAGAAGAUAUAAGGCAACAAAACAUUGAAGAAAAUAUGACGAUAGCAAUGGAAGAGGCCCCCGAGAGUUUUGGCCAGGUGGUGAUGCUGUAUAUUAACUGCAAAGUCAACGGACAUCCAGUGAAAGCCUUCGUUGACUCAGGUGCCCAGAUGACCAUCAUGAGCCAAGCUUGUGCUGAAAGGUGCAACAUAAUGAGGCUGGUAGAUCGGCGGUGGGCUGGCAUUGCUAAAGGUGUAGGGACGCAGAAAAUAAUUGGCAGAGUGCACUUAGCUCAGGUCCAGAUUGAAGGGGAUUUCCUGGCGUGCUCCUUCUCAAUCCUUGAAGAGCAGCCCAUGGACAUGCUUCUAGGACUGGAUAUGCUGAAGAGGCAUCAGUGUUCGAUUGAUCUCAAGAAGAAUGUACUAGUGAUCGGCACAACUGGCUCGCAGACCACUUUCCUCCCAGAGGGCGAGCUCCCAGAGUGCGCCCGGCUGGCUUACGGGGCCGGUCGGGAAGACGUGCGGCCGGAGGAGAUUGCAGACCAGGAACUAGCAGAAGCAAUACAGAAGUCCGUAGAGGAAGCAGGCCUCUGGGAAGGGAAAGGGAAUGAAUCUGGAUCGCUGUUUGGGUAUCUGACACUGGACAGACAAGCUGAUGUUUGCUCACCUUCUCCUCCCCAUGAUGCCACUAGCCAUCGCAAGGCGAUAGCUGCUGGGAGCACAGUCCAGGACUUGUGA